CAAAAGAUCGCGCAACGCACGCGCCGCAGACGGGGGCUCGCCGCCUUCCACUUAUAACACCUCGUCUCGCGCAGCUGCGCAAUACAUUCCGCGUACUUACUACUUGGGCGUCAGCUCUCGCCGUGUUACGUGUGGUACUACGAGGGCAGUGUCCCUGCGUUACGUCGCCGCUGUCGGUAUCGUACAGUGUCAUUUUUCUUUUCGUCCCCCCAAAGCGCGAGUCGAAGACGAACGACGAGACGAAGACGACGAUCUGCGGGCCGAACUCCUGUCCCCUCCCAUGGUGAGGCGCUGAGCUUUUUCCGUUACGUACGGUCACCUUGAGAACAGAAGAGUGAGCGAAAAGUUUCGCAACGUUUACGAAACGCAAGAAUUGAAAAGUAGAGGCAGCCGACCGACGAGUAAGACAGUGUGAACGACGUCACGAGCAAGUAGUAUUUGAAGCGCUCGAAGAGCAGACGAAACGGUUUCAACGAUGAUCAGCUCUGCCUUUACGUAGACAGACGACCGAGAUUUGAGUCAGCGAGCAGACGACACACUUUACAGCGACGCGGGAAGUCAUCGACGAGCGAAACGAAAAGUCGAAGUAGGAGACUGCGGGCAAAACAGAGCGUAUACGACCGGACAAGUAGGCUUCGGAACCUCGUUAUAGUACAAUACAGCGGAAAGAAGAUACGAUGCGUCGUUAAGAUCUACGCCGUGUAAGGAAAGAAAGGGGGGUAGAAAAAAAAAGGUGGGAGAGAAAAGGUGCGCGUGACGUCGCUCUCUGUCCGCGGGAAACACGGCGUCCUUUCAAGAACCGUCCGAUGAGAAAGUGACGUUCGCGUACAAGUGUGUCCUCCAUGGGUCACGUCGCAAGAGUUCGGUGAUCGAGGAGCUGGCGGUGGCGGGGGGAGGCGAGCGGCCCGAGCAGCACCUGCCCGGCAUGCGGGAGAACAAAUUGGUGGUGAUCGGCGCCGGCGGUGUGGGCAAGACUUCGCUCAUCGUACAGUUCCUGGAAGGAUUGUUCCACAACGGUUACAAGCCAACAGUCGAGGACUGCUAUCGGAGCUCCAUACAAACGCCAGACGGCAUUUACCACACGGUGGAUAUCCUGGACACGGCGGGUUCCCACCACUUCCCGGCCAUGCGUGAGCUCAGCAUCCGCUCGGGUCGGGGUUUCGUGCUCGUCUUCUCCCUCGACAGCCUGCAGUCCUUCCACGAGGCCGCCCAGCUGUGGCAUCUCAUCGCCAAGAUCAGAGGCGAGCGCGUGCCCAUCGUGCUGGUGGGCAACAAGUCGGACCUGAUCCAGAACCGACAGGUGUCGCAGGACAUGGCCAUGAAGCUGGCCCAGGAGAGCAUGCACAACUGCCGCUACCUCGAGACGAGCGCCAAGUACAACGUCAACGUGGCCGAGCUGUUCGUCGAGCUGCUCCAGCAGGCGUGCGCCAUGGAGCGGCAGCAGCCGCCGCCUGCCGCCGUCCCCCCGGCGGCCGGCGGCGGCGGCCGCUCGCUGUCCAUGCAGGACAGGCCACCGGACUCGCCGCUGCUGCUGCAGCCGCAGCACAACAGGUCGCCGCGCCGGCUCUCCCACCGGCUCAGCUCGCUGGGCAGCCUGCCCAGCAUGCGGCGCAAGUCGAGCGCCGCCUCGUCGACGGGAGGUGGCUGCAGCGGGAGCAGUUGUCCCUCGCCGUCGACGCCCCGGAGCCGUAAGGCAUCGAGACAAGCCGAGCCGGCGGCCAACCUCGACGGCGCGGAGGACCCGGACCAGAAGUGCCACAUCUUAUGA